AUGGCGUUGCAUCAUGAAUUAUCUACGGCGUCACUGCUCAAGCUGUGUUCAUUUAUAUUUUGGGGAUGGACUUACUUAUGGAGCACUAGAACUAAAUCACACCGUAGUCCCGAGUGGCAUUCGAGGGCAGUCACUUUGCUUCACGGCAGCAUUGCAACUGUAGUUGGACUGUGGCAAUGUGGUGUGACAACUGUCGAUAAAUGUAGACUUACCGCAAAAAUGACAACAAUCGACUACGCUUUAAUGCUUUGGUCGUGGGGUUACUUUGCCUUCGAUCUGCUCUGGUGCCUCAUAUACUGGAGCAACAGUUACGUUAUCCUGUUCCACCACUUGAGCGCUCUAUACGCUGUCAAUAUGUAUAUGAACAAGCCGUACGCUGGAUGUACAUUUGCUUGCACCCUCGCUCUUAUGGAAAUUACUAACCCGUUCCUUCAAACUCGAUGGUUACUUCGAGAUGAGGGCUAUGGAAAAACCAUAACUUAUUUUUUAGUAGAACUAACAUAUUUGGUCUUGUUUCUAUCACUGCGCGGACUAUUUUGCUCUUACAUCAUAUUCAAAAUAGUACAAUCUGAUAUCCUCGACAUGGACGAAAAGAUCAUAUCACUAGUUUUGUAUGGAGUCUCCUUAGUUUUCAUAUACGAGAUAAUUGGGUACAUCACUUACAAGUACAAAAAUAAAAUUGUGGUUAUGUGGGACUCACCGGCAGAGCCAGUAUUAGCCACUGUAACCCACGCACACUUGACACUAGCCACUAAAACCCAAAGGAACCUUCCCCGUCUAAUAGGGCGUACCCCGAACGGCAGGUCUGCCGAAGCAGACCACAAGGAAGACUUCAAAGGCUUUGCUAAUGAAAUUAGUGUAAUAAUAAAUGAGCCACAGAGAGAGUAU